AUGAGUUCGUUUCCCGAUAUCGAUCCAUAUGCCGUGUUAGGUGUCUCGAAAGGUGCCACCCUAUCUGAAAUCAAAGCGGCCCACCGGAAGCGCGUGCUAAAAUGCCACCCGGAUAAGGUUCUGGACGAGUCGCAACGGGAGAAGGCUCAGGAUGAGUUCCAGAAGGUGCAGCAGGCGUAUGAGCUCCUCUCUGAUGACGCGACCAGGCAAAAAUAUGACCGUCUGGCCGAGCUGAGAAGGGAGGUGCGGGAACGGAGCGCAGGUGCGACUGGCUCCUCCCCGUACUCUUCUCCGCGCACUACUACUCGUGAAUACUGGAACGGGCGCUAUUAUGAGGAGAGAGCGCCGGCCGACGCGGCUUCGGCUGAGGAAGACGUGCCUCUCGCCGAAGAGCCUUGGCCAUCCUUCCGGGAGUAUGAUGAAGCCGGGAAGCGCCAGCGAUCCAAGUUCGGUAUGGAUGGAAAGAGGCGAACAAGGACGUAUCCCGCGCCCGGUGCCAGCAGUUUCGAAAUGCCCAAGCAAACCACUCGCGAGAGUAGCAGGGCAUAUUAUUCCGACCGCGCCAAGACCCGUACUAAGGAGCGACAGCGGGAGGCAUCGGAGAAGUAUGAACGCACCGCUCACUAUGAUGAUGAGGACGAUGAGGAUGAUGCUUCCGAUUCUAGUGCUUCAGUAUAUAUUAGGGUGAAGCGGCCGUCAGGGUCCAGAAAGACACACUCAGACUCCGCAAAAGCUGAACUUCCAUCACUUCGCAGGGCCGCAACAGAACCAUCCCGCAAACAGGAGACCCGGCGGUAUGAUGACGAUGAAUAUACGGAUGGAUACGAUAGGCAUGACUAUAGGGACAAGCUGGCCAAUGCUUGCGAUCACAUCCGGCGCACCAAAAUUGAGGUCGACCGACAGCCACGUGCAUCCCGCUCUCCCCCUCGCCAUCACGUGUUCGAGACCGGGGAACCAGAGAUGACUUCACGGCGCUCUCGACCAUCUGCUCGAUCCAGGGAAGGUGUGCGACCUUCAACUUCACGCAACAGCUCGUAUGAACAUCUCGAAUCUCAAGCUCCGAGCUUCGAGCCGAAGGUCCCUCCAACACAUCAGGAAUCCACUUCCCCCUCAGCGAGGCAUAGAUCGUCGUCUCGGCCGUCCCUUCCGCGGUCUGCCACGUCCUAUGGCCGAACAACAUGGCAACGUUUUGGACGGGCACAUCAUGGCUUGUACGGCAUGGUCGAUGAGACUACCCUCCCCCACGAUACUCCCCCUACGAGAUCGUCAAAGGCGCGAAGUGGUUUAGAAAGACAUGACUCGGGAUAUUCGAGUCCUGGUACACCUGAUGUGGCACCCGAAACAAGUCCACCAAAGGUGUCCUCGAAGCGCUGCUACAAGGUUGUUGAGCAGGAGACAAUCGUGCUAGAAGCCGACAAACCUUCUAUGCCCUCGAGGCAUCAAAGAAGCUAUUCUCCUGUGCGUCAAGAGCGCACCCCCGGGUCAGCCCGAUCUUCAACAAAAUCAUCCAGAAGCAGCACCGCCUAUGUUUAUCCAUCGGAAGCUUCUCGUUAUGACUCUCGCUCAAAGUCGUCUAAGAUGCACUUUGGUGAGUUUGAGCAACUUACUAAGGAAAAAGAUCCCAGAAUUUCUCGUGUCGUUGGGCCAGAUGACGGUCCUUAUGGAUAUAAUGGAUACUCUCGUCAUGCCUAUGAUAGCUAUCAUAACCCAGUUGGUAGAAGGGCCCAUGUACGUGCUUGA